GUUUCUGUCAAAAUAGUUUAUUGAUUGAAGUUAGCAAGUUUUUAAAAUAUUUGUGUUAUUUUGGUGAUUUCCGCAUCUUCAACCUUGUUUUCGGGGUAGAAACAGUUCAAGGUAAAAAUAUCUACGUACCGUAACAUAAAUUGAAACCGUGGUAACAAAAAACAUGUCUUGUUUAUGAAGUCAAUGACUUCAUGAUAUAUUUCGGCGACCUAUUUUCGGCAAGUUUAUUUUGAGAAUUCUUCCUAUUUUAACGUAGUUCCGGAUCGCCGCUAGUUUAUAUUAGAAAGCCAGACGUAUAUUGAUUCCUAUUUUGUUAAUAAUCGUCAGUAAUAAGGUUUAUCUCGGUAACUAUCAUACGCAUUACACGCAAUUAAAUAUAAGUAAAACAGUAACAGUAUUCAAACAUUUUAAAUAUUUAUUUCAGUCCUGUCUUUGGAUUAAACUUCUUGGCUGGUUGGUUACAAUUUGAAAGGAAAACUGGAGCAGAAAAAUCUCCAAAUGCAAAAUCUAGGGAAGAUGAUAACAGAACAGCUCCGCAAUCCAAAUGAGCUGGAUAUCAGCCUCCGGAUGGAGUUCGGACCUUUUGAGACAGUUCACAAGUGGAAACGCAUGUCCGAGUGUUACGAAUUUGUUGGGGCAAGGCGAAGUAAACACACAGCGGUUGCGUACAAAGAUGCCAUAUACGUGUUUGGUGGUGACAAUGGCAAGUCCAUGUUAAAUGACUUGAUCAGGUUCGAUAUACGGGAGAAGUCUUGGACUAAAACUGGCUGUAUGGGAGUGCCACCCGCUCCAAGGUAUCAUCAUUCUGCUGUGGUACAUCGGUCGUCAAUGUUCGUGUUCGGUGGUUACACGGGGGAUAUUCUGGCCAACUCGAACUUGACCAAUAAGAAUGACCUCUUCGAGUACAAGUUCCCCAGCGCUCAGUGGGUGCAGUGGAAGUUUACUGGCCAAGAGCCAGUGCCUCGGUCGGCCCACGGCGCGGCGGUCUAUGAUGACAAACUGUGGAUCUUCGCUGGCUAUGACGGAAAUGCACGACUCAAUGACAUGUGGACUAUCAAUUUAUUGGGUGAGAACCACCAAUGGGAGCGCAUAGAGCAAAAAGGCCAGUGUCCCCCAACUUGCUGCAACUUCCCCGUCGCGGUGGCUCGGGGGAAGAUGUUCGUGUUCAGCGGCCAGAGCGGCGCCAAGAUCACUAAUGCCUUGUUCCAGUUUGACUUUGAGACGCAUACCUGGAGCCGCGUGUGCACGGAGCACCUGCUGCGGGCGGCGGGCGGCGCGCCGGCGCGGCGCUACGGGCACGUCAUGGUGGCGCACCGCGCGCAGCUCUACGUGUUCGGCGGCGCUGCCGACAACACGCUGCCCAACGAUCUGCACUGCUAUGACCUGGAUACGCAGAUAUGGUCGGUGGUACAGCCGCCCACCGACUCUCAGAUACCAUCAGGUCGACUGUUCCACGCGGGCGCGGUGGUGGGCGAUGCUCUCUAUAUCUUCGGAGGAACUGUGGAUAAUAACGUGCGCAGUGGAGAACUCUUUAGAUUUCAACUAUCGAACUACCCCCGCUGCACGCUACACGAUGACUUCGGGCGCAUCCUGAAGUCCCACCAGUUCUGCGACAUACAGAUCCUGGUGGGGCCCGAGAAGACGCCCAUCCUGGCACACCAGGCCAUCCUAGCGGCCCGGUCACAGUUCCUGAGGGCUAAGAUCAAGGAAGCUCGAGACGAACUGACGAAGCGCAUAGCGUCAGGCGAAGAGGAAGCCACCGAGAUAUCCUACAAGUCUCCUCCGCAGCUCUGCAUCACGCUACCGGAAGCCACGCCCGAGGCCUUCAACAUGGUGCUCAACUAUAUAUACACCGAUAGGAUCGAUCCCACUGAGAAAGAUGAAGACCCAGCGUCGCCAGCAACAGUGCUCCUAGUGAUGUCGGUCCUCCGCCUAGCCCUGCGGUUGAACGUGCCCCGUCUGCGCGGACUGUGCGCGCGGUUCCUCCGCGCCAACCUGUGCCUCGCCAACGUGCUGCAAGCGCUACAUGCAGCUCAUCAUGCGCAACUGCACUGCAUCAAGGAGUACUGCCUCAGGUUCGUGGUGAAAGACUACAACUUCACGCCCAUAGUGAUGUCGAAGGAGUUUGAGGAGAUGGAGCAGAGCCUCAUGGUGGAAGUGAUACGAAGGCGCCAGCAGCCGCCCCCCAAGCCCAACGCCACCACGCAGAAUGAAUACGACGAGGAGAUUAUAGGUACUACCCUCGAACAGGACAUGUCAGUACUUUUAACCAGUUCAGUGUGGUUGGCUGACGUACGGCUACGCGUGGGCGCGGCGCUGCGGCCGGCGCAUCGCUCCGUGCUGGCCGCGAGAGCUGCCUACUUCGAGGCCAUGUUCCGAUCCUUCUCGCCGCACGAUAAUAUUGUUAAUAUUCAAAUCUGUGACACGGUACCAUCAGAGGAGGCAUUCGACUCUCUACUGCGGUAUAUUUACUACGGCGACACCAAUAUGCCCACAGAGGACUCGCUCUAUCUCUUCCAAGCGCCUAUUUAUUAUGGGUUCACAAACAACCGUCUACAAGUAUUCUGCAAACACAAUCUACAGAGCAAUGUGUCGCCAGAGAAUGUACUCGCGAUCUUACAAGCCGCUGACCGCAUGCGAGCGACUGACAUCAAGGAGUACGCGCUCAAGAUGAUCGUGCAUCACUUCGGCAUUGUGGCGCGACAAGACGCGAUCAAGAACUUAGCUCAACCGCUUCUCGUGGACAUCAUAUGGGCUUUAGCUGAGGAACCUCACUUCGACUCACCACUACCAGUCCAGCCGAGGUCACUACCUUCAUCGUCUUCGGCAGACACGCUCACUGACGACCCGGAGUAUGCAAGACAUAGAUGUGGGAAAUCAUAGGUGAUAUUUACCAAAUCAUGGUAAGAUUUCUACAUAGAGAAUUGUAUAACCUGCUAUUUGCAUCAAAAAAGGAAAUGAUUUAUGAGGAUUGAUGCCAACAUUGUCAUUGAACAUCUUUGGCAGUUGUUACGGGUAGCCAAAAGUCAGUAAAGCUGACAGCCAGUCUUGCCAAAGGAUAUUGGGUUGCUCCUUGUAAAACACUGGUACUCAGCGGCAUCCGGUUAGAAUGGUAGCCCACCCCAACAUAGUUAGGAAAAGGCUCGGGAGAUGAUGAUGCCAAUAUGACCGUGAUAAAUAUUUUUUGUUGGCAAAUAACAGGUUUUUAUUGUCUGUGUGUGAAUCUUGCAUCAUGGUUUUUCUGGUAGCCAGUGCCAAAUCGAAAAGUGUCAUUGGAGGUCUUUGUUCUAUUUAAUGUUUUACCUAAUGUAGACUUACGGCUAGUUUCUUCAUCAAAAGUAAAAGACAAAGAAAUGUCUAAAGUAAAAGUUACGGUCAAAUUCGUUUUGACAAGGCUAAAGUGACAGCAAAAUUAAUAGAAAAAAUGAAUUUGACCAUUACUUUUAUUUUAGACAUUACUUUGACUUUUACUUUGGCAUUACUUUUGAUGAAGAAACUGGCUGUUAUUCAUGAAAACCUCUCACUAAUAUAUCUUUGAAUAAUUAUUGAGCAAUUGACACUAAACAGAUUUUUAUAGUCUGUACGAUAAUAAUCAGAAAAAUAUAAUAAUAAAUUGUAUACAUCAUAUUUUGUUGUAAAUGGGGCUAGAAGUAUGUAAAAGCAAAUGCAUAUGUAUGAUUUGAUUUGUGUAAUCACACAUUUCAGUAAAUUGUUUUCAGACUGAUUAUACUGUUUGUAAAAGAAAUUAUAUUUUCCAAUUUAGGAAAGUUUUGGUAUAUCCAGGAAUUUUGGUUACAUCAAAUAGAAUGGUGCAAAUAAAGAAAUUAUUGUAAAUAUUCUUCUAGAUGUAAGAAUUAAAUAGAUUAAUUAAAUAUUUAUUAAUGUUAUCUAGUCAUUAUCAUGAUUUUUAUAGUAUAAAUGAAAUAAAAAGCAUUAGUAACUUGACAUUAAUCAAUUUAUUCAAGUAAAUUUAACAAUUAACUAAUAAAUUAAAACAUUUUGAUUA